AUGGGAGAUGUUCCAAGCCCUUUCCCACAGCCACAUCCUCUUCUUCCUCCAAAAUCAAACUUACCCACUUUGUAUUACGGCCUGGUGGUGAUUGGAACCGCGGCUCUGCUACUAGCCAUAUACAACAUCCUCAUCAUCAGAUGGUGCAGUACGCACAGCCGCAGCCAGAGACGGCCGCCAAGACCGAGCCAGCUGGCGGAGAUCUCAACAACUGAGAUCCGAGAAAACCCGAGCAGGUACUUGCUGUGCAGCUUCAAGUACAAGAAAGGAGGAGUGGUACAAGAACAGGAACAAGAACAAGAACAUGAAGAUGGUGAUGAUUUGAAUGACUGUGAAUGUGCGGUAUGUUUGUCGGGUUUUGAGGAAGGGGAAGAGUUGCGGAAGCUGCCGCGGUGCAAGCACUCCUUUCAUGCUCCAUGCAUAGAUAUGUGGCUCCACUCUCACUCCGAUUGUCCGCUCUGUAGAGCGCCGUUGGGCUGGCAGUGUCAGCGAAAUGUUUUGUAUACGGAGCAGGUGAAUUCUCCAGGUGAUCUGCUCGAUUCAGGCAAUUCAGUUUGA